AUGACUCCAGAAGAACUCAGAAAGUACAAACUGCAGAUACUCAGACCUUAUCGUACCCGGAAUAUGGUUCUUUCGAUGGGUCUAUUUGGCAGUGUUGCAGCAAUCUAUGCAUAUACCAUGUACAAGAUGAGGCCAGACGAUUUCAAUAAGCUUGAAACUAUUGAGAAAUUCAAAAACUCUGGAAAAUAA